AUGACAGCCAACUUCAUUAAUUUCAAUGAAUUUACAGUGAUUCGUGGUCAGUGCUUAGGAGCUUUAGGCAUGGACCAGGCCCAGUUAACCUGCUGGUUUGCAAAACCUACAGAAGAGAAGACAAGUCUGAGGCCUCAUGAAGAGAUGAAGAAGGCAUUUAUGGCUGAAAUGAAAGUGGAAAACAUCAAGAAGUUUCUUUACAAUUUUACACGCCUUCCGCACCUAGCGGGAACAGAGGAGAAUCUGCACCUGGCAAAGCAAAUCCAAGCCGAGUGGAAGGACUUUGGAUUGGAUUCUGUUCAGCUGGCUCACUAUGACAUCUUGCUUUCUUACCCAGAUGAAACCAAACCCAAUUACAUCUCAAUAAUUGAUGAGCUUGGAAAUGAGAUUUUCAACACAUCAUUAUUUGAGCCUCCUCCUUCAGGAUAUGAGGCUGUUAGAGAUGUGGUGCCACCUUACAGCGCAUUUUCAGCCCAAGGAAUGCCUGAGGGUGAAUUAGUGUAUGUGAAUUAUGGCCGCACUGAAGACUUCUUUAAGCUAGAACGUGAAAUGGGCAUCAACUGUACAGGAAAGAUUGUUAUCGCUAGAUAUGGCAAGAUCUUCAGAGGAAAUAAGGUAAAGAAUGCUGAAUCGGCAGGUGCCAAGGGAGUCAUUCUGUACUCUGACCCUGCUGACUACUGCGCCCCAGGAGUAAAUCCCUAUCCAGCUGGCUGGAACCUGCCAGGUGGAGGAGCUCAGCGUGGAAAUAUAUUAAACCUGAAUGGGGCAGGGGAUCCUCUGACACCAGGUUAUCCUGCAAAGGAAUAUACCUACCGAUUAGACAAAGACAGUGGUGUAGGUCUUCCCAAAAUUCCAGUUCAUCCCAUUGGUUAUCAUGAUGCUGAGUCACUGCUGCGGAAUCUUAAUUUGAGCCAGAAGACAAACAAAUGUUCUGUGUUGGUGCCAGAAAGCGUGUUCAUAAGUACCUUUAAUGAGCAUUGGGAAACAGGAGCAAUUCAGUCCUUGUUCACAAUGCUGACACGGGUGUUCUGCACGGGUCUCUCCGUUAAUACUCUCCUGAACCAGUUGCAGUUUCAGUUCAAGGAACUGAAGAUUCCAGGGACUGUUUACAAGAGACAGUUUGUAUGCAAAAAGAGUUUGAUUGCUGAGAGAGCACUCCCAACAUAA